CCUGAAAUGUCAAGCCUUUUAAAGCAGAUUAUUCUGCCCGUGUGCAGUGAAUGCAGCCCGAAUAACCUUUUGUCUACAAUUAAAUAUUCCAGCAUAAAUAUAAAAGAAAAUCAGAGAUGGGGAAGAUUGACUCAGGAGAGAUUGGCGAGGUAGAUCCUCACAGUGAUAGUGCAAACAGCUUGCUUCUAAUUAAAUAUGCCACCGAGUCUCAAAGCAUUCGCUUUCUGCCGCAGAGAGAGAGAAGCUGCUGAGAACGAGAGGAAGAAGUGUAUCGCCCCCAUCUCUCCGGCCGCAGGCUUCCUCUGGGCAUCGCAAGAUCCAGUCUUCAACGCAGUACGGACACAAGGUGAGUCGGCGAAGGAGGACAUCUUCUUUCAGCUGGAAACCGUUAUUGGACAUGUGGGAAUCUAAGAGGACUUGAGCCUACUUGCCUUCACUAUCCUUAUGGAUGGAGCCGUCGCUACGUUUUCCCCCUGCCGCUUCACUGUGGAAGAUUGCCGGAAGAUGGUGUGGAGCUGUAGAGGGACUGAGGCGGGCGAGUGUAGCCGCUCUGCGAGCACUCUUGGCGGGCGAGCGUCGCGAGUGGACGCUGGUGGAUCAUGAGAGCGGGCGCUGGAGAAGAGCGCGCCGGGGAAGGGCGUUUGCUCGCCGGCUCGCGUCUGAGGAUCCGCCCGCGACUGUGGAUCUGUCACUCAAACUGAGGAACUCUUAUUUUUUCUACUCAAGCAUGGCGGUGAUAAUUGGAUUGUGUGGACACCUGUAUGAGUGCAGUAUAUCCAGGGGAUUAGAGAACGGGAUGGCUCUACCAAGUGGGGAGGAGAGAGAGCUGAUUGAUCACACCUGCCGCUUGUUGCACGGGAGACGCUACCUGCUCAAAAGAAGUUCCAGAGAACAUUCAAACGGGACAAACGGACACAUCAUCUCGGAGCACUGGCUCCUUAAAACGGGCGACAGUGCCAUCUGAACGGCCGCUAUCAACUGAUUCAUGCAUCCUUUCAUUGGCGUGAUGACUGGGCAUAUUCUUUAUUCUUAUGGACGCCAUGGGGUAGGACGACGUGAACAGUGCAGACUUCAUAAGAGCCCACACAAGAUGACUGUCCGCUCUUGACUGAGGAAUUGUUCGUGCUAUGAAAACUCUCAUAGCAGCAAACUGUAAAGACGGAGGCAUGUCGCUGCCAGCCGAGAUUUGAUGUGUUGUUUGGAGACAGUAACGCGUUCGCCUUUGACAGUAAUCAAUGUCUCUUUUAGGUUCUGGUGCUGGACACGGACAGUUUUGAUUGUUUGUUUUUUGUCAACCCAUGAAAUAAAAUUUCUAAAAGACAGGACAUUGAUGGUUAUUAUAUAAAUGGUGUGGUGAUACCUGUGUUGGUAGGUCAAGGUAUCAUUCUCUCAAUAUUAGCAUUGUGUCGUCCUCCCUGGAGACGGUUGUAUCGGUCACUCGGAGAGUAGCAUGUCACAGGAAUCUUUGUAGUCGGGAGAUGAUAUCUGGACAGCAGAGGACUACUUGCCUUCUGGCGUGGCCAUACAAACUGGAUGAAUGGAGGAUGUCUGGACUCUGAUCCAGUAAUUUGAACUCCGAAUGGACAACAGCGUCAAGUCAUCCAAAACUCUGCUUGUGGCCCUUAAAAAA